CCAGCUUGAAGUUGUUCCAGCUGCAUGUGCGGUACCCUUGAAUCUCGUCAUGUGGGGCGGUGGCAAGAGUCUCUGAGGCCCCUGCCUGAAGUCACAAUGGGCCUUGCGAAAUGCGGCUUUGAUGUAGUUCUUUCUAUCCAAACCACUCGCAUCGAAGGUAGCAGCUCCGAAAGCCCUGCCCCUUUGUGAGAGCUGUUGAAGAAUUCUAGGUACAGAAGCAGCCUAACAAGCUAGUUGGUUUCUACCACCACUCUUUCAAUGGCGACUGUCCCUUCUGUCGCUGCAGAGGAACAGCACGAGCAGCUCCGGCGCUUUGUGGAUGAAUGGGCCUCAGAAAGGGGGGGCAUUCUGGGCAGGUUGGCCCCAACCGAUGCACCCCCCGUUCCAGAGGUGUCGGAUAUCAGCACCGAUCCAAUUGCUCUUACUACCACCCCAAUUGAACACGCUUCCAUUCAAUCACUGAUACACACGUCAGUCGACAACACGCCCUUUGCAAAGCUGAUGACAGUCGCAGGGUAUCUGUGCGCAGAGAUCGAGCACAUAAGGGCACGGGCGCAUACGCAUAUUUUCCCGGCCCUUAUUGCCUUCGGAGAGCGCCCGGAGGAGAUCCCCCAGGAGGGCGAGCUGCAGCUUCUCCUAGCUCAUAAGCUCCCCCUGCUUAUGGAAGCCGCCGCGCUCUUCCGGCGCCUCCGCCAGAUUCUCCAGAACCUCGUCCUGCAACUUGCUUCGCUCUACCCCCCACUAGAGCCCCCCAAAAAGACCCCCCCCAGCCGGCAAGUCUUCGCGUCGUUCCGAGACGUCCAACUAGGGACGGCGCUCGAGAGCUUGGGCACGGGGUUUGGCGUUCUGGCGACGCUAGAUGAGAUCAUUGCAUGGAACGGAGCGCUGGCGCAGGCGUUUUCGAUGUUCAAGAGAAUGCUGGAGACGGUGCGUAGUGACCCGGAAAACUUUGGAUUUGAGGGGGAGAAUGUGGCGGAGCUGGAUCACACACUGGAGGAAAUCAAAGCGGGGGUGGGGAUCCUGGGGGGGGGCACGCUCCGGGACUGCUUCGCAGCCGACUUCUACGCUCCGCUGGGCGAAAUGCAAACCUUGCGUUCCAAACCGGGUCAGUUUCUGGAGGAGGUUGGGCGUCACGUGAAGGACACUCUCGGACAAGUCACCGCCAGAGUCGGCGGUCCGAACGAGCGUCCGAAUGAUCGGGGGAGUCUCUUAGGGGCGCUGUGCAACUACUUGCUCUGCCUGUGGCUCAGUGGCGAAGGCAAAGCUCCGGACCGCAAACUUGGCCGUCCGGUGUGGGAGCUCCACCGGCGGGUGCCCCUCAUUCCGCUCGUCAGCGCCAUCCGAGUACAGCCCAAUACGUUUUUGAUGGCGCACCUUCCCCCCGGUUUCGCAAAGGGGGGGCUCGGCCAGCUGGUGAAGGAGCCCCUCAGAGAGGCGGCGACCGCGCGAGCGGAGUAUCUGGCGAGGUUAGACGACGAUCUGGGCCGAGAGACGGCGGCCCUUCUCCGCGCUGCCAGCGCGUGGCUGGUGAGAACGGACUCAGCAGCAGCGAUCCAGGGGCCUAUUCACACCCUCCUGUCGGGCAGACUCAAGCUGCUGGUGCAAGGACUGUUGCUGGCGAGCCGUGUGAAAACCCUCGUGCGGACGUCGGUCGACUUGCACACGUCGUUGGAGGUGCCCAUCUCUAAGGAGCAGAUCGCCUACCUGGGUCGCCUCGCCGGCCUACUGAAGGCGAUCGAGGGGAUGUUCUUCCGCCGCGGGGGCGACACUGCGCUCGCGAUCGGACAUAUGAUACGGACGGCCCAGGAGCGGGUCCGGAGAAUCUUGGAACCGCUGCGAGACGCUGUCGAGGCGGAUUUGGAAGUGCUGAUUGCUCAGAGCAACAGCCUGGCCGCCAAGCUCCGGACGUUCACGCGCGGGCCUUCGGACGAGGACGUCAAACUUGCGGACGCCCUCGCGGCGACGGACCUCGCGCUUCGGAUGACCGAGGGCCCGCCAAGCGUGCAGCGACGGAUCGUGCUCAGCCUCUCCCUCGACGUCGUCAAGUCGAACCUCGCGGGGCGACUUCCGCCAGAGCUCACGUCCGAACUGGACGACGUCCUCAUGCUCCUGUCCCUCGGCGCUGACGUGGACCAACAGAUUCGCGACACGUGUGACUGCUCCUUCCUUCAUUGGAGCCGCAAGGCGCUCCUGCCAGUGGCCCUCAGGGUGGCAUGCCAGCCCCCCUCCCGCCCGCACCUCAUCCCCGACCUAGUUGCCGCCUUCGUCGACGGUCUGCGGCUCCUGCGGCGGGCGGGCGCGGACGAUGACGUCAUCGCGUCGGUCGAAGGGGAGAUUGAGGAGAUUGUGACCCAGGAAGUGAUCGCUCCACUGUGUCACGCAAUCGAGACCGACCUCCGCCUCCACAACCAUUCCCACACCCUAACCGGCGCGGUCACGCUUGACCCAACCCGGACCGGGGUUAGGGACCUGUCCUGCUUCCUGAGCAUGCGCCCCAUCCGGUUAGGGUCGCAAACCAUCGUGGUUAAGGAGCGGUUAGAGGCGUAUUUGAACGCCGCGUUUUACGAUCACACCGCGGUUGCGCUGCACAACUGGAAAGCUUACAGCGACAUGCGACAGCUGGCACAGGACAAAUACGGCCUCCGUUUAGACGACAUCCACCUGCCCCCUCAGAACUUGGAGCACGGACAGGACGUCUUGUUCCUCAUGCGGAAUAUUCACACCCUCGCGCAGCAGUACACGUACGACCUGAAUGGCCAGGUAUUCAUAGAACGGCCGUCUGCCGCCCGCCGGCGCAAGUACUUACACACGGUUCAAGUCCGCAACAUCGCCAAUGGGAUCAACACGCACGGCCUGGGCAUCGUGACAACAGCGGUCAACUUUGUGUACCAGUUUCUGGCCAAGCGCCUCGUGGCGCUCUCGCAGGCGCUGUACGAUGACGGAAUCAAGUCGCGGAUGGUCAAGGAGCGAAAGUACUACCGGGAGAUGAUGGACCAGAAGGCCGAUGUGAACAGGCACGGAGGCAAGGGGGAUCUGCCUGGGGAGUACCCGGUUGCACGGGCACAGAAACUCAUCAAAGACAUCAAAAAGCUGCGGAAAGCAGAAUCGGACCAGAGCGCUUUGGACGUCCUGCGAGGCCUCGUCGGCGAGAUCGGUAACGCGCUGGGCUUUGUGAGAAUGGUCGCCAACGGGGCCUCCCAGCACUGCGCCGGCGCCGCCUUCACACCCGCGAGCCUAUUCACACCGUCUGAAAAUAGCUCGUCAAAUCUUCCGGAGCAUAGCGUAACCCUUCCACCAGAGCAUAGCGUAUCAAGAUCGUCAGAGCAAAGCUUAUCGACGCCGUCGGAGCAUGGCUUGGCAACAGCGCGAGAAAUUGGAGCAGCCACGCCGCCGGAGCAUAGCGUAUUGGCAGCGCCGGGAGAGAGCGCGUUCACACCAGCGAGCGAGGAAGAAGCGUCGACGUCCGGGCGGGAACUAGAAGCGCGGCCUUUUGAGGCAGUCACUUUGGCGGCCGGUGUGGAUGCGCCCUCGGCUGUGAGAGCGGCCAGGGGAUUGGACGAGACGCUUCGAACGUUGACCGAGAGGGGGGCCAAGGACAGCGCUCAUUACCUGCGGAUGCUGGCCACAGUCUUCUCUCGGGAACUCCAAACCGAUCAGAACCGCCACCUCGGCACCUUCUUCCUGCUCGCCCCCGCGCUGAUGACGUCAUCAACCGAGGCGAUGCUCGCGGCCAAGGAGCAGCUCGCCAAGAAGGGCGCGAGGGAGACCCGUGGCACGGGAACCCAACCGCUUGUCACGGACGACGGCUUUGCGCUGGGGCUGGCGUACCUUCUAGAGGUUCUGGGCCAGGGCCGGGCAUUCGACAGCCUCGGAUGGCUGACGUCAGCUCAGGCUCACCUCGCCGAAGAGAAGACGACCUGCGACGCAGCCUACACUUCCUUGGUCAACAUCGGGAGCGGAAUGCAGGGCCUCCAGAGCUGGAGCAAGCGAGUGGGCGGAACGACGGAAGCGGAAGCGCACAAUUUGGAACUGGUCAGGAAGCGGCUCGAGCUGUUCAUGCGGGAGUUCGAGCUGCAGAGCCUCAACUUUGAGAGCGCGCGUGCCUUUUUCCUAUAGCUUAUACUCCGUAAGUUCCACGGAUUGUUUCAGAGUUUGUUCAUUGUAAGAUAGUAGGACACCUGUUCAGAGAGAACCAACGCAGGGAUUUUGGCCUCUUGUGUAUAACCGGCCAGGUCAAGGUCAGCAAGAUGUGCUGCGAAGAAUGUGAUCAAGCACGGUUACCUCAAGUCAGCCUUGCUCUCUGUUGGAUACGAUGGGACAUACAUGCAUAUGGGUGCGGGCGGGGAGCUCUGGUGAGUGACAAACGAUGCACUGCGCUCUAACACGUUCAUUACAACUUACGAUUGGG